CCCACCGCCAUGCUUUACGCUGCAGAAAUUGCUUAGAAGUAGAAGAGGAAGUGCUGCCUGUGGCCGGAGAGGAGACAGGGCCCAGCUGUCAGCGCUGGCGCCGAUUAACCCUUUCUACCGGCAAAAUUGGAAAACCUCGUAUCUGAGGAUCCAUGUUUGCAGUCACGAUGAGAAGGUUAUAAAUUGCGCUUUUACCUGGCAAUAAAUGGAACUAAAAAAACAAAUGGCCACAAGGGCGGAUCCCACAUAACUGGAAACGCUAUGAAUUGGUGACGCAAAGUGGCUGGAACGUAGCGAACCUGCGACCCUCAUCGUAAAUCCUCCACCAUGAACACUGGAGAAUUGGAGAGUUCCAGCUGAGACGCCCCCGAGGUCCAUGAGCUGGAGUUAACCCCCUGCUCACCGGUGCAGGGGAAGAUGCAGAAUGACUCCAAUGUUACAGACGGCUGUGAAGUGGACGGGCGCUUCCUGGAUUACCUGUACGCCACCACCUACGCCGUCAUCCUCAUUCCGGGAUUGAUCGGGAACGUCCUGGCGCUGUGGGUGUUCUACGUGUACAUGAAAGAGACCAAGCGCGCCGUGAUCUUCAUGAUUAACCUCGCCAUCGCAGACUUGCUGCAGGUGCUGUCGCUGCCCCUGCGGAUAUUUUAUUACCUGCACAAGUCGUGGCCGUUCGGCCGCUUCCUCUGUAUGUUCUGCUUCUACCUGAAAUACGUAAACAUGUACGCCAGCAUCUUCUUCCUGGUCUGCAUCAGCGUCCGCCGCUUUAUGUACCUCAUCUACCCGUUCAGGUUCACCGACAGGAAGCGGAUGUUUGACAUCUACGUCAGCGUGGCCGUCUGGAUUGUGGUCUGCGUCGGCUGCCUCCCGUUUCCUCUUCUAAGGCUGGAGAACGGGACCAACAGCGGCAACGAUGGGAUAUGCUUUGUGGAUCUCCCCUUGAAGGACAUUGGCGUCACAGGUUCCAUCAUGGCGGUGACGGUGGCCGAGCUCUUCGGCUUUGUCAGUCCGCUGGUCAUUGUGCUGUUCUGCACCUGGAGGACGGUGACCUCGCUGCGGGAGCCGCACGCCGCCUCUCACGACCUCGGGGAGAAGAAGAAGGCGCUGAAGAUGAUCCUGACCUGCGCCGCCGUCUUCCUUAUCUGCUUUGCUCCGUAUCACUUGAGCUUCCCGUUAGAUUUCCUGGCCAAGGCCAAUAGGAUCUCUUCGUGCUCGCAGCGGAGGGCCAUCCUCACCCUGCACCCUGUCGCGCUGUGCCUGGCCAGUAUGAACUGUUGCCUGGAUCCCGUCAUCUACUACUUCACCACCGAUGAGUUCAAGAGGAGACUGUCCCGGCAGGACUUGGUGGACGGCACCGAGCUGCAGAUUUUGUACAAUAAAAACUUUAUGGAUCAAAGCAUCUGCAGGUCAAGCUGACAUCGCAAGGUCACAUGAUGUACAAAGUCGCCAGAAGUGGCGCCAGGAUAUGUGUCCCACCCUGUACAUAUUAUUUUAUGGACACAUCAGCAUGAGGCCGCCGC